UUCUUCCUACGGGCGCUACUUUCAGCACCGGACAGCUCCCGUAUUCCCCACGCUCCGCCCACCUACGGCAGACUGGCAGUGAGAAACAACCACACACACCGGUGGGCGACACUUAGAUGGCCUAUUAGGGUUUUAUUGGGAGGGACGGAAGUUCAAGAACAAUUUGCUCCGUCCCUCGUCAUCCUACUCCUCUCACAUGGAUUUCUCCGAGAAGGAGUAACAAGAGACCGUGAGCGCUCGCUUCCAACGUCGCUUCAUGUGAAUGGAUUGCGGACUGGAACGACAUGGCUCUCCUGGUCGUCCCGCUGCUUCUGCAAACGGGGCUCGUUUUGGGAUCAAACUACGGUUAUGUGGAGUGGUCGGAUAAUGAGCGAGACGAGAAGAACCCGCCGGUUUUCAGCACCCAAAACAUCAACAGGGAGCCGCCCCACCACCCGACCUACUACUCGGUACCUGCUACCGAGCGCGCGGUGGUGGCGCACAAAAUUGAAGAGGACCUGCCGAGGGUGGUGACCGCUUUCCUGCACACCGGGGACUCCUCGGCGCUGAGGCAGGUCAACUGUUCGCGGAGGUAUGAGCUGAGCAGUCUGCGAGGCGGCCUGCAUGUCGCCUCCCACUACUCCCUGCACAGCAUCCUGGACACUGUGGCGCACGCCACAAACUUCCUGAAUAUGAUCCUGCAGGCCAACAGGUCCAGGGAGCACACCCUGCGGAGGGACAUCCACUGGUACCACGCGCUGGUCCAGAGUAUCCUCGAGGGGGACCCCAAAAUCCACAGGGCGGUGGUGACCUUCCACGCGGACGCGCCGACGCCGGGGCCGCACGUUUUUCUCCAGGCGACCAGGACCGAGAAAGAGGUUGUGCUACAGGACUUGUCCAGCGCCGCGCACCGUCACCUGAAGAGCAGGAGCCCGGAGUCCGACUGGUUUAACGAGUUUAGGGACAGGAGGAGACCGCACAUGCACAGAAGAGUCCCGGAGACAUCUGGCGCCAAGAGUGGAGGUUACCUUCUGGACAAAAACCAGAUCAAGUGGUCCGCACCGUACCUGGAGUGUGAACACGGGGCGUUUGUGCCCCAUUGGCUGCUCACCUUGUCUGCCGGCUUCUAUGGACUGAAGAGCAACUCUGCACCAGAGUUCAGGGGUGUUGUCCGUGUGGAUGUAAACCUGCAGGAUGUGGACAUUGACCAGUGCUCCACCAGUGGCUGGUUCGCUGGGACUCACCGCUGUAAUCUCACCAGUAUGGAAUGCACUCCAAUCGUUGGCCAUGGAUUUGUGCUGGACAAGUACAAGUGUCAGUGCCGGACAGGAUUCUACCAUCCAAGUCGAGUGGCGCUCAAUGGCUUUAAAAGUAAGGAGCAGGGCUCUAACAGAGACGAGACCUCUGAUGUGUCCAGUAAGUGCCUGCCAUGCCGCGAGGGCUGCCCCUACUGCCGGGACGACACACCUUGCCUGGUGCAGGAGGAUGGUAUUCUGCGGCUUGCUGUGGCCUCCUUCCAGGGUCUGUGCAUGGUGCUGGACCUGGCCAGCAUGGUGGUGGUCUACCACUUCAGGAGGAACAAGAGCAUCCGUACAUCUGGUCUCAUUCUGCUGGAAACCAUCUUGUUUGGGGCUUUACUGCUCUACUUCCCAGUGAUGAUCCUUUACUUCCAUCCCAGUGUGUUUCGCUGUAUCCUCCUGCGGUGGGUUCGCCUCCUGGGUUUCGCCGUCAUGUACGGCACCGUCAUCCUCAAACUGUACAGGGUGUUAAAGGUGUUCCUGUCCCGCACAGCCCAGAGGACACCUUACAUGACCAGCUGGCGGGUCUUGAGGCUGCUGGCAGUGAUUGUGCUGGUGGUGCUGUGGUUCCUGGUGGCCUGGACCUCCGCUGUGUGCCAGAACCCUGAGCUGAGUCGGGCCCUGAUUGCCGCAGGCCUCACCCCAGAGGGGCUGCAGUUCAGCAUGUGUCUGCUGGACCGAUGGGACUACAUGAUGGCUGUCGCGGAGUUCCUGUUCCUGCUGUGGGGUGUGUACCUCUGCUACGCUGUCCGCACUGUGCCCUCGGCUUUCCACGAGCCACGUUACAUGGCUGUGGCCAUCUACAACGAGCUCCUCAUAUCAGCCAUCUUCCACAUCAUCAGGUUCUCUCUGGUGCCGGGGCUGCACCCUGACUGGAUGCUCAUGUUGUUCUUUGCUCACACUCAUCUGACUGUGACUGUGACUCUGGGCCUGCUGCUCAUUCCAAAGUUCCUGUCCAAAGGGACACAGGCCAGGGAUGAUAUUGCCACCGAGGCCUAUGAGGAGGAGCUGGACAUGGGAAGAUCUGGCUCUUAUCUCAACAACAGCAUUACCUCAGCCUGGAGCGAGCACAGCUUGGACCCUGAGGAUAUACGGGAUGAGUUGAAGAAGCUGUAUGCCCAGCUGGAAGUCUACAAAUGUAAGAAGAUGCUCGCCAACAACCCUCACCUUCAAAAGAAGCGUAAUUCCAAGAAAGGUCUGGGCCGCUCUCUGAUGAAACGGAUAACAGAGAUCCCAGAGACCAUGCACAUACACCGGCAGUGCAGUCGUGAAGACGGCAGCGAACAUGGCAGCAACCGGAGCACCUUGAGGAGAAACCCCUUUGAACCGAGUCACCAUGGCAAACCUCGGGAUGACUCCCUGAAGAACAAAGUCAUGGGUUUGAAGAAGUCACUCAGCUAUGACCACGUUUGUGACCAAGAUGAGGAAACUGGAAGCCAAACUGGCUCUACUGCAGAAGACAAAAUGACUCCUGUUGGAGGCAGUGGGGAAGGUUCUCUUCUGGGUUCCCUGAUUGGUCGGAAACAUGCAAAGAAGCAGCUGGAACCUGCCGCAACUCCACCGAGACUUGAACCAGCUGAGUCCACUGAGUCUGUCCCACUGUUCUGGAAAUCAGCCAGUGCUCACAACUUAACGCACGAGAAGAAACCCGUCCACCUGCGGACCUCUAUCAUGCAGAAGUCUCUGAGUGUAAUUGCAAGUGCCAAAGAGAAAAUGCCCGGGCUGACCAACAAGACGCAAAGUGUGGAGGACGCCAGUAAAAAGGGCCUGAAGGGACAGGAGGAGAGAAUGCUAUCUGAGGUGGAUGAGACACCUGAGCAUUACCCUAAGAUGAUCAUCAGCCAGUCAGUGGAGUACUCAAAGACACCCAUGAAGAUGGGGAUCAUGAAACAACAGGUAAGUGGCAGCCAGCCAUCCAUUUGCUCCGAGACUGGUAGAAACCUCUAUGAUGUGUCCGAGGUUUGUCCCUGGGAGUUGGAAGAGCCUCAGACUCCCUCUGAAGCAAAGACCCAGAAACAUGUUUCCAUUGCUCCCGGAGAAACAACCACCGGCCGGAGGGGCAGCAGCAGCAGCUCUGGGAUGACCAAAGGUAACCGCUCCCAGCAGAGGCAGAAAUCAGUGCAGUCCCCUUCCAACAGACGCCGCUCCAAAGAUAAAGGAGGAGAAAGGGAGGAAGGAAGGGAAACACGGAAAUCUCGGCCACCCAGGUCACCUCUCCCUCUUAAGCCAGACGUCUGUCCCUGGGAAUUUGAUGAGCAGCCAAUGCUGGGAAGAGAUUCAGAUUCCAUCUCCCCAGACAGAAUCAGGCGUAAGAAAAGCGUCACUCCCACUGAUGGGAAACCCAAAGGGCUCCACUCAGACCACUCUAAGUCCACAGGGAGCCUUUUACAGCCCCCCUCUCUGAUGGUAGAGAUCUGCCCAUGGGAUUACUCCAGCCCACCUUCACCUAAGCAAGAGAAGACCUGCAACAGCCCCACCACACACAAGAAGAAACGGAAAGGCUCCUGCUCGUCCAACCACAAAGCCGAGAAGGACAAAGGGAGGGAGAAAAGCAGAGAAAGGCGGAGCUCCUCCAGCAAGCCGCCAUCAGAGAGGAGACGCGUUAGCCAGUCGUCAGAGUGCAGCGGGCCAGUUUCUGAGCGGCGGAGGAGCUCCACCAGAGACCCAGAGGUGAUGGAGAUCAGGAGGCCGGAGGUUUUCUCCCGGGAGGCCGAACCCUCACACACCAGCUUUGCUCAGACUAAAAAAUCAUCAGAGAAGAAGAAAGAGAGCUCCUUGAGUACUAGUUACAAACCUGCAGUCAUGGCUGAUGUUUGCCCCUGGGACUUUCAGGAGCAAGACUCCGAAGAGAGGGCAUGAUGACUGGUGUGAUGAUUGUAUUUUUUGUAUUCAAAGACUGACAGCACAGAGGACAAAGCGAAGGAACUGAAAGAUAAAGAUGUAGAAUUGUUUUUCUGAAAAGUGAAAAAAGAUUUUGUGAGGAAACAAAGAUGUAUUCUGCUGUCCAUGAUGCAAUUCAAACAUUACCAUUUGCUAAAUAACAAACUUCUUGUUGUUACAUUGCAAUGAAUGCAACCUUGAAGUCACUUUAAAGGAAUUUUCAGUCUGCACUUUUGCUUGCACAUUUGUCAGAGUUACACUGUAUGUAUGUUUUAUCACACUGAGUACAUCAAGGUCAUUGAAAAUACAUACCUGUAUUUACCAGCAGAUCAGACAAUCAUGUGUCACAAACACAGUAAAAGCCUCACCUAAUGAGCUUAUUGAAUUUUGAUGAAUGUUUCCCAUUACGCUGGUGAUAUUCCACGUUACGCAGUAAGUCAGUGGAGACUUACUGUAUCAGAUGAUAAAAACAAGCAAGCAGCAGGAAAAAAGACCUGAGGAAAAAUGGGAUAUCAGCUCUGAGAAGCAGAACCAAAGCCCCAGACACAGGAGUGAUGUCUUACCUGUAGGCCAAAUACAUAAUUCAUGGCACAAAUAUGAUCUGUUUGAUUAGUGAAAUGUGGGAAUAACAAAGGAUUGUAGUACAGCUUCAUUUUAAAUUGAGAAAAAACUGUAUGUUUCAGUAAAAGUGCUCAAUAUGUAUUUUUCUAAAAAGCCAUUGCAUGUGGCAAACUAUCAGCAUCCAAUAACUAAAUGUUUAUUGGUUAACUUGUACUCAAAUAUGACAGUGGAACUUUUGAUGUUGUUGCUUAUGGUAUUUGUCUCCUUAUGUACCACAUGAUGCUUUUGAAAUGAUGUGCAUCGCCAUCAAUAAUGAACACACAUAUUUCAAAUGGCUUGCAGUUACAGCUGAGCAGCAGUAUUAAAAUAUCCAUGAGGCUCUCCCUUUUGUUGAUAUUUAUUUACUGUUUACUCUAUAUUCUUGCCCUGGAUGUCCCUUCUCAGAGGCUGUAGUAUUUCCAUGUGUCUAAAAAAUGUUCGGAAGUCUUUCAAGGACUAAAACCAAGCCUGACUAGGGUGGAUGAUGUGAAUAAUGCAUUUUUUUCUGUCACUGAGUUACCCAUUUUACAUCUGCUUGAAUGCACCUUCUUUCAAAUCUUUGCACAUAUUCAAUCGCUAAAACCACCACAAUGCAUGACCAAAGCUUUUCUUUUUGCCACUUUCUCACUAACAGAAAAUGAGUAAUUUCAGCAUCACCUCCAACAACGACAACAACAGUCAGCCUUUCUGCCCUGUGAUCAGCCACCCACCUUUGACACCUAAUGCAAUGCUGUCACACAUGGCAGCUUCAUUAUUCUGUGUGCAUGACAGUAAAAAACAGGGGUUAUGAUACAGUAACGUUCACCAGAAGGCAUUAAAAAAUCAUUGCAUAUAUUAUGAAAUACUUAAAGAGGACAUGGGAUUUUCAAAUAUAGAUGUCAGAUGUUGUCAUGUAUUUAUCAAGCAUUUUAGGGAAGAACUUUCUGUGCAAACGUCCUUUUUUGCUCAUCAAGCAUUCAGAAAAGAGCAUCAAUAAAGUGAAAGCUUGAUAAAUAAACAUGACCCACCACUCAAACUUUCACAAGGUUUUUUUCUAUCCGAUGGUUUUAGGCAGUUUGAAAUGGAAUGUUGUAACUUGCCCACUACAUGUAUUUUAUGCUUGUUAUACUGUGUAGUGUUGCUCCAAAAAGUUACAAAAUGUUGUAGCAUCCACAUGGGAGUAUUUAUAUUGUACAUUCAUAUUGUGUCGCAUGUACAUACAAUAAAUACCCUGUUCUCGAUUCUGGAUUAAAUAUUUCUAUAAAUCCCCA